AUGCAAUUCUCCAAGUCUUUCAUGUUCAUGGCAGCCCUCGCCACGGGCUCCCUGGCCCUCCCAACCACCCUCGAGCGCCGCCAGGCCACCGCAACCUCCAGCGGCAGCGAAUGGACCGCAACCCCCUCCAGCGGCAGCUACUCCACCUCCGGGUUCGGCAGCUCGACCUCCUCGUCCGGCACUGGCGUGACCUACGAAGGCAACGUCGGCAACCCCUACGGCAGCAACAUCAUUGAGGUGUCAUCCUCCGACGCCAGCCAGUACCAGUACGUGGCACAGUUCCAGGGCUCCAACACCGAGGACUGGACCGUCGCCAUCUUCAACAAGUACGGCUCGGACGGCAAGAUGGACGGCUGGUACGGCCAGGCCUGCAACACCUUCACCCUCGCCGCCGGCGAGACCAAGUACAUUGCCUUCGAUGACGACUCCCAGGGUGGCUGGGCCGCCGCCUCGGGUUCCACCAUCCCCACUGACUCUGCUGGCGGCUAUGCCUCCACCUGGGGUGAGUUCGAUUUCGGCUCCACUGGCAACAGCGGCUGGUCUGGCUUUGAUGUCUCCGCUAUUGCGGCCCAGAAUGCUGGUCUCACCGUUGAUGGUAUGAAGAUCUGUGAUGCCCUCAGCGGUACUUGCUCCUCUAUCUCGCCCAAUGCUGCUGUCGUCGACAAUGCUUAUACCUCGGCUGAGACUGAUGUCGGUGGUAUUGGUGGUAACAUCUCCGGCGGCGCCGUUCGUUUGGCUGUUACCAUUGACUACAGCGGCUAA